AGGGAGGAGGGUUUGGUGGACAUAUAGGCGGGCUGACGAUCCCUCUCCACACGCUGUCAGCAACAGAGGAGCGCUGCAGUGGGAGCUGGGGGUUUUUCUCCCCUCUUUGCUAUUGUUUUGUGAAUGGAUAUUUAAAGUUUGAGAUCCAUGCGCUCUCUCUCUCUCUCUCUCUCUCUCUCUCUCUCUCUCUCUCUCUCUCUCUCUCUCUCUCUCUCUCUCUCUCUCUUUCUCUCUCUCUCGCUCUCUGUCUUAUGAAAGAGCAUGACCGCUGCUGAGCUUCAGACAGAUUUGACCUGAGCUCACACACAGGAGAGAAGGCGAAAUGGAGACUAUCACGACCCAUGACUUCCUGAUUAAUUCAACAGAACUGAACAGUGUCUUGUGCCGCUUCGGGAUCAAUAUUUCGGAUUGCGAGCCAGGACGGGGCCCCUCUCCAGAGCCUAACGACAUCUCCCAGCCUGUCCGGAUCGUCCUGUACAGCAUCAUCUUCCUCCUCAGCCUCAUAGGCAACAGCAUCAUCAUCAUCGUCCUGCUGCCGGUAGGACGAAGACCGCGGCUGAGGACCAUCACCAAUCUGUUCCUGCUGUCCCUGGCAGUGAGCGACCUCAUGAUCUCCCUGGUGUGCAUCCCCUUCACCUUAAUCCCCAACGUCAUGAAGGAUUUCAUCUUUGGCCUCGGCAUGUGCAAGUUGAUCACGUACUUCAUGGGCGUCUCGGUCAGUGUUUCCACCUUCAACCUGGUGGCCAUUUCCAUCGAGCGCUACUAUGCCAUUUGCAGCCCCCUCGCUUCCAUGGUGUGGCAGACAAGGAGCCACGCCAAAAAGGUCAUCACCGCCACCUGGGUGGUGUCCUUCAUCAUGAUGCUGCCCUACCCAAUUUCCAGCACCCUGAGGCCCUUCACCCGCCUCGACAACAGCACAGGACACAUGUGUCGCCUGAUAUGGCCCAACACAGUGUUCCAGCAGUCCUGGUACAUCGCGCUGCUGCUGGUGCUUUUCCUGAUUCCUGGUAUCAUGAUGAUGACGGCCUACGGACUCAUCUCCUUGAAGCUGUACAAGGGAAUCAAGCGAGCGCAGUCCCUGAAGAACUCCAGCCGUGAACGCCACACCAGCACCGGCAGCGUCAAACCAGGAAAUGGCGGCGGCUACAACUCCUCUGAGAGCAAGAGAUCGAGGAAGAGCAGAAGCGGCGAGUUAGCGGAGGCGUCCCGAAACUCCAGCAAAAAGGAGCUGAUGGCCAAUAAACGCGUCAUCCACAUGCUCAUAGUCAUCGUUUUUCUCUUCUUCCUCUGCUGGACCCCCGUCUUCGUCGUCAACGCGUGGAAGGCGUUCGACCAGCGCUCGGCCAACCGUCUGACGGGGGCGCCCAUCUCUUUCAUCCACCUGCUGUCCUACACCUCGUCCUGCGUCAACCCCAUCGUGUACUGCUUCAUGCACAAACGCUUCCGGCGGACCAUCCUGGCUACCUUUUGUAGCUUCAACAUCCCGGGGAGAAUCAGGAAGUGGUUCUACUGGGGGAAGAAAAAAAGCCCAUCUGAAUGGCACAAAGACGUGGCGAGAGGAUACGCGCCCUCCAGUGACCUGAAUGUCGAUACUCAAAGCACCAGAGAGAGCACGCCCGGCGUCAACACGAACAUCCCCAUGACUCAGUGCAGCGAGGUCCGGUGAUCUGGACUGCUCUGUGCAUGCUGUAACCCGGAGUGAAGACAGCGUGUUGCAUGUUGCUGAGCCCUCACAGUGCUUUCAGGACCGGUUUAUGGGUCUUUCUUUCAUUUUAGCUUGGUGUGAAACGACAAGAGUCGGUAGGCUGACGCCUGCUUGACGCAGGCCCCUCACAGCAGACGGUCACAGCCAGAUGUUUUCCGGAGACCUUCAGAGUCCAGAGUACUGACGAUGCUCGUUCAUCUUCAGGGUCCGCGAGCGCGACAUGAAGUGCUCUGACGCAGCAGUAAACGAGUCAACGUCCCAGUCCGACACAUAAAUACCGCCACAUACUUUAGAAUCGUCGUGAGCUCUGGAAUUACACAUAUGAAGAAAUAAACAUUUUUCUUAAGUAAUAUAUAUAUUUUUAAAAUGUUAAAACAAUAUCUAAUGCUUAAAGACCAGUCCACAAGCAAAAAUAAGUGGGACUUUUCAUUUUUUAAAUUAUUUUUAGUCACAAAAAACAAACGUCCUAAGCAGAGACUAAUGAAACUCAGUUUGUUUUUUCUGGGUAGCCGAUCAAUUAAAAUUUCCGAAAUGAUAAUGUUGCCUACUUCAUAAUUGCCCACUCUUUGUUGUGUCUGUAAGUUUGUUUCUUUUGUUGUUGUUGUAUUUGGAAGCAACAUGUAUUGCUAAAAGUAGUUGGCGCCACAAAUAUUCCGACUUGAAUCUGGAAAGCCGUCACGCCUGGUGUGACGCCAUCCCCACCUCCGAGUUUCAACCUCCGAGACAAAUCAAACGCAGCUUGCGGCUAGAUUUGUCCCGAUCCCGUUUCUAGUAAAUGUUUAAAUUCGCCUUUGUGCUGAAAAGAGUAACAAGUUAGAAGAAAUGUUCAGUAGUGUGUUGUGAAAUAACAGGUUGCUUUUUUUUUUUUUUUUUUUUGAAAAAAAGGCCGAAUCAAAGACAGUAAAUCAGAAAUAUUUGCAUGUUAAUUUCUUUCUUGAUGUCAGAAUGACGUCCUCGAUUCAAACCCAUUUACCUUUCAUUGGUUUCCACACCGUUUUGCAUCUUGACGGCAUUUUUAAAACGCUUGUUAUGCAGGCCUGCACAUAAAAAAAAUGAAGGAUAUUUUCGUAAAUCUUCAAGCCCUGUCAUUUCUUUGAAGUGUGUUUCGCCUUUCAUUUGCUCCUGUUGUGAAAGUCAGUGUGUCCUGGAACUACACAGAUCGAUGGGGUGUCGUUCAGUCACAACAGGUUGUGUUACCUUUCUUUAAGGACAGGGUCUCAUUUUAUUUAUUUUUCAUACCAAAGGAUCAACUCAAUAUAUGGAAAUGAACUUUUAGUGCUGUGAUAGUGCCCUCGGGGCCGCCAAAUAUUACUUUGGUGACUUAAUAAAUAAGGGAUGGCUUAAGUAUUACUUUCAAUUUUAAUGGUAUGGGUGAGUAAAUAGUCUGUGCACCUUAGUUUGAGAUCAAAAGUUGUUGUGGUGGAUAUGGAGUUUGUGCGAGAGCUCAAGUUUUAUUUAGUUUUUUAUUUCCCCCUUUCUUAAUACAUGAUACAUCUAAUUUUCAAGAGUCAACCUUAAAGUUUAAACCUAAACUUUUAAACAACAAAAAGCUCUUUUGUUGUUUAAAACAAACGAACAACAAAAGAACAAGCACAAAGGUCAACAAAGGUCAAGCACUCCAGACAUUUUGGAGUGCGUGACCUUUACACCGUCUCUUUGAUUUGAAUCUUUCCAUACUGCCUUUCCACGUCCCUAGAAGAUAUUCUCGACGUCUAGGAAUCACCGGCCUUACCGAUACAUUAAUCGGCAGCUUCGGACUGAAACCCUCCCCCCGCUGCACAAACAGCUGCUGCCCUUGAGCCUCUGCAUGUCUGUGUACCUAAAGGACUGGGCAACUGGAGAGGCCUUAUCUUUUUGUGGGAUUUGUAACACCUGCAGCUCGUCUUUAAAGAGCCGGUCUCUCCCCUCACCCACAUGAUUUCCACACAUUCUUUCUGUUGAAACAUAGCAGCGUCGAUGUAGCAACGUACGCGUAGUUUUUUCCUUUCCUGUGAGUUUAUAUGUGAAGGAUCCAAUAUUCCUCUUGUCGUUUCUGCCGGUUGUGAUGUGGAAUGUUGGCUCUCAAAUGUACUUCGCCGUCUUCUUGUGAUCAGGCUCGUUUCGGGCGAACGACUGACUAGAAAAAUACGAUAUUUAUCGACUCAUUACGAACGUGGCUGUCGGAAAACGCUUCGACAUUUUACAGCGACUUGCAGCGGACGUUUUCCACGCGUCACGGUCAUCACUACGAACUUCAACGUGUCUCGCGGGAAUUUGUGUUAACAGAUACAGGCGGUAAAGACGUGCACAACUUUGAAGUGGAAAAAAAAA